CAUUGAGUGCAUUUGGAAUCUUGUUUAGUCAGAUCGUUUAUGUAUUAUGAUUUAUAGAUUGAAUAUAUUUCAGACCGCUAAGCGAUUCCUGGAACAGUUACUUUAUUAAUAUAAUUGUUUAGUUAAAUAUGACACUUUUUGUGCCCACAAUAGCACUUUAAGGUUGGUAGGGCGUACGAUGUGAAAUACUAAGAAGUUAAGAAUAGGACGCUUGGUCUCUGAUAUACUGUGCUUUAAAAAAGAAUGUUCAUUUAAACGUCUUUUUUUACCCUGGUUUUAUGUUCCUUGACAUGAUAAUGAAAGCUAGUACAGUAUUGCAUAUUGGGUUUGUAUACAGGCUGGUUGUGAUUUGAACUGAGUGUAUAUGCUGCAAGGCAAGAACGCUCGGGUUAAUUCUAUUUUGGAGCGGUUACAUUUUCCUGUCUUUCCUUGUUCUAAAGUUAAGGUUUGCCGAAUCAUCCAUUGCAACACAAAGUACUGAGAGAUUGAAAGGGAGAGCUGCGUCUUCAAUCAAUAGCUCAUAACUUUAUGAACUGUAGUUCCAAACUUUACCAUCCUUUUAUUCUUUCUUUUUGGAGAAAUAUUGUACCAAGUCAUUUUUGGGUUUUGUACUGAAUGGAAGAAAUCUCUGCUCUUCUUAUUAAGUGGAAAGUGCGUUAUUUCUCGGACGUGCGACUGAGCUCCGUUAUCAGGGAUUUUAUAAACAUGUAUUAGUUUAUUAUUAAGAUGAAUGUAUCUGGUUACAUUUGAAAUGUUAGUGUUCGAACUCGAAGGGGUCGCUCAUACAGUUCUGCUGUUUUCAUAAGAGGGAAGCUUGUUUUUAUUAUGGCACUUGGGUAUACAUGUCGCUAUUUAUGUAAUAGUAUAGAUUUAUACAGAUUGUUUAGACGGACAUGUUGAGCAUUUUGAUUUAAAGUAAAACGUUGCAACGUGUAUAUAACAGACAAGUACAUUCAUUGCAUGCCUUUACUAGGUUGCGGGGGUUAGUGCUAUUUUGUGGUUAAAUUCACUCGUAUGCUUGCGUUGGUGUGCGUCUAGGGAAAGUUGCCUAUGUGAAAGGAGCGCGCUACGUCUUUAACAGCCGAGUACAGUAUAUGUGUAUAGUACUAGUGGCUGUAACUCUAGGCGGGGUUAAAGUUCAGCUCUAUGGAGCAGCAGAGCGCUGUUUGCAGUUUACGGAGUUGGAAAUGUGAAAGCAAGAAGCAGGCUUGAUUUUUCCCUCUCUCUCUCUCCCUCUCUCUUUCUUUUCACACACACACACACAUACAUACAUACAUACACACGCACACACACACACACACACACACACACAUAUAUACAUACACACACACACACACACACACACACACACACACCUCCAAACCACAAAUAAAACACAGCAGUCAUGUAUUCUCCGUUAUGUCUUACCCAGGAUGAAUUUCAUCCCUUCAUAGAAGCGCUGCUGCCCCACGUCCGAGCGUUUGCCUACACAUGGUUCAACUUGCAAGCCCGGAAGCGAAAAUACUUCAAAAAGCACGAGAAGCGCAUGUCAAAAGAAGAGGAGAGAGCAGUGAAGGACGAACUGCUCGGCGAGAAGCCUGAGGUCAAGCAAAAAUGGGCGUCUAGGCUGCUGGCAAAGCUGCGCAAGGACAUCCGGCCCGAGUUCAGAGAGGAUUUCGUUCUGACCGUCACGGGGAAGAAACCUCCUUGUUGUGUGCUGGCCAAUCCAGACCAGAAAGGCAAAAUGCGCAGAAUUGACUGUCUGCGUCAGGCAGACAAGGUGUGGAGGUUGGACCUGGUCAUGGUGAUUCUAUUCAAAGGUAUUCCUCUUGAAAGUACUGAUGGAGAGCGCCUGGUAAAGUCCCCACAGUGUUCAAACCCUGGUCUGUGUGUGCAGCCCCACCACAUAGGAGUUUCAGUAAAGGAACUUGACUUGUAUUUGGCAUACUUCGUGCACGCAGUGGAUUCAGGUCAAUCUGAAAGUCCAAGCCAACCAAGUGAAGCUGACAUCAAGGAGCAGCCGGAGAAUGGACACUUGGGCUUCCAGGACAGCUUCGUCACAUCGGGUGUGUUCAGCGUCACUGAGCUCGUCCGUGUGUCACAGACACCCAUUGCUGCAGGGACAGGGCCUAAUUUCUCCCUGGCAGAUUUGGAGAGCUCCUCCUACUACAGCAUGAGCCCAGGAGCUAUGAGACGGCCCUUACCUAGCACGUCAUCCAGCAGCUCUGCGAAGCGCUUAAAAUGUAUAGAAGAUGAAGUGGACAGUCCAGGGGAGGAGUCCUACUACCCGGGACAGGGCCGGUCACCGGGCAGUGGCAGCCAGUCAAGCAGUUGGCAUGAAGUGGAACCAGGAAUGCCAUCGCCUACUACAUUAAAGAAGUCAGAGAAGUCUGGUUUCAGCAGUCCCACGCCUUCGCAGAUCUCCUCCCCUCGAACGGCUUUUACACAUCAUCAUCGGCCUGUCAUUACAGGACCCAGAGCAAGUCCACACGCGACGCCGUCAACGCUGCACUUCCCAACGUCUCCCAUCAUUCAGCAGCCUGGGCCCUACUUCUCCCACCCAGCCAUCCGCUACCACCCCCAGGAGAGCCUCAAGGAGUUUGUGCAGCUCGUCUGCCCUGACGCUGGCCAGCAAGCAGGGCAGGUGGGCUUCCUAAAUCCCAACGGAAGCAGCCAAGGCAAGGUGCACAACCCAUUCCUUCCAACCCCUAUGUUGCCACCACCGCCUCCACCGCCAAUGGCCAGGCCCGUGCCUCUGCCAGUGCCAGACUCCAAACCCCCCACUACGUCCACGGAAGGAGGAGCCAACUCCCCGACCUCCCCGACCUAUUCGACACCCAGCACCUCUCCUGCACAGAGAUUUGUCAGUGUCGGACCACGAGAUCCCAGCUUUGUAAAUAUCCCUCAGCAGCAACAGUGGUACCUGGGUUAAAAGCCACACCUUCCCACCACCCCAGCCUGACAGACCACCUUAACUUAACGCUGUGACCGGGAGCAUCAAGCCCCAGACUGCCCAUGUCACUGUGGGGGAGGAGGGAAGAAGAUCACCAAUCCAAUGCCAUCACUACCACUACACCCACCGAACAAGCAGGGGCAGGAACAUGAUGACAAGAACAAUACACACAGUGAAAUAGAUAUAAACACACAGACAAUCAAACCUGCUGAUCACCACCACUCACAGGGACCACCGCCAAGUGAUUAACAUGGGAAAUAUAGACAGGGAUUCAUUGGAGUGCUCACAAAAUUGUAAAGAGGUGGUCCUUUACUACAGGUGGCCUUACAGGUUUGACUGUACCGUAUGUGUGUAUAUAUAUAAGUAUUUCAAAUAGGGCUGAGUAAUGAAGUAUUUAGGCUAACUAGUUUAAUGGGAAGCCCGCUAAAGCUCACCAUUCAUCUGGAGCCUAACUGUUUCAUUGAUCUGUGCCCUGGCUUCAUUAGUUAACAGUGUUAGCAUCCUGAAUUCAUUGGUACCUGUAUUAGACAUUAGUUAACAGCGUUAGCAUCCUGAAUUCAUUGGUACCUGUAUUACACAUUAGUUAACAGCGUUAGCAUCCUGAAUUCAUUGGUACCUGUAUUACAUAUUAAGGAGCAGACAAAGCUCAAUGCAUAAUGCUUUGUCCACGACAUAUCACAAAAAAAACAAAAUCACAGAUCUUUUUUUUGGGUGGGUCCGCACUGUUGAGCAUUUGGAAAAGUAAACGUUUAGAUACAUCAAACUCAAGCGGGGGUGUUUUUUUUUUAACAUGCUGCAGUUCUUACAAAAAUGUUUUUCAACAAUUAUCGUACACGGCCCCAUAAAAAUGACAUGCACACAGCACGAGGAAAAGAUGGUCUGCUUUGACAGAAACUGACAUCAAAAACUGAAAUCAAGGACUAUAAAAGGUAAAAAGGUGGAAUUUUGAAUUGAAUAAAGUGCAAUUUCAUGUGAUAGCUAAAUAUCUUUGUAAGACAGAGAUUGUUGAAAAUUCAGUUUUUGUUUUUCCAAGUCCAUUCACCCCCAGGACUCUAAAAUAUCGGGGAAAAGAGAAAACAAACAGAGUCACAAGCCUUUGCGAAAAAAAGGCAAGCUCUUAUGCUUUUUUUAUAAUUAUUAUAAUGCGACUUAUAUCCAUUAAAAUAACGGGAAAAAAUAGAAAAUUAUCUCUUGCCGCUUUUACUAUGUUAAUUGCUACAUUCAAUUGCUAAAAUUUUUUUUAAUGAAGAACAUAAUUAAAAAUAUAAGUAUCUGUCUCAUAAGCUAAAUUCACACACACACAACUUUAACAGAGUCUCAUAAAAAAAGGACAUUGUGCUGAAGCUCAUACAACAGCCAUGAUACAGAGGUGUUGUUCAGUGUAGCGGACCCAACAUCCAAACAAGAUAUGCCACCGGAUAGUGAAGCAGUCCAGGCGCUUCGCAUGCAGCUUUUAAAGAAACCUGUUUUUUUUUCCUAUAUUAUACAUAUAUUUACACUCAAAAUAAUCUGCAUGUUCUAGUGUUAGUGACUCAUUUUUAUAUAGAUAAUGUAGAUUAAAUGUAGUGAAUUAUGACACAAUAUUGUAAUCCUAAUCCAGGCAUUUGCCGUUAAACUAUUCUUGUUUGGCCCGCAGAUAAAGGGCUUUUUUACUGCUGUCCUCUACAAUCAAAUGAGCAGAAAGGAGUCUUUCAAAGACACCUUGCUCGUCACCUUUUUAUUUUUCCCUAAAGUUUAAUUUUUAAUUUUAUGUUUUUGAAUUGCACGAAACAAUGAUUCCACAUCGAUGUGCCUUGCCCUAGAAAGUGAUAUGUGCUGACUCGUUGCACAAGUUCCUAUGUGGAGAAAAGUUUUGUUUUGUUUCUUGUUUGGUUUUUUUUCUUCAUUUAUUCCCCAUAGUGUAGCAAAUUGGAGAGAAAACAAAAACUGUAAAGUUAAAAAAAAAAAAAAAGUGAUGUCAGCCAUUGUGAUUUUUAACAGCUAGAGUAAAAAGAUGUUGUUGUGAUACAAUAGGAGUAGGUUAUAUGGUAUUGUAUAUACAAGUGCUUUUCACCCCGAGGUCUGUAGAUGGUAGCGUAUAGAUAUUCUUUGGAUGUUGCUGCAUUUUUUAAAAAUACAUUUAUUUGGAGUCUUCCUAGUUAUUUUUUUCCAUAACAGAGAAAUAUGCAAUACGUGCUUUUAAUCAUGUAGAGAUUGGCUAGUCGUCAGUUUUUUUCUUUGACAUUCUUUUUUUCUUUGACCGAAGUUGGUGCUUCACUUGGUUCGGUGUGUUUUUAGAUGGUUGUCUUUAUCAAUUUGUGACGUUGAAUGCAUGCUUAGCUAGGGCUUGUCUUAGGGUAACAGUCCAAACGUGAAGCACUAAGCUGAACCCUGCUCACAAGUUUUAUUUUGGUCACAAGCAAGCCUUAAACGAAUCAACUUCCUCUCCUUCAAAUCCAACACCCAUUUUUGUUGACAGACUGAACUUACCACAUUCAAGAAAAAAAAAAUGCCCAUUUUUAUAUGCACGUUUACAAACUUCCAACUUAUUCAAACUGUUUACCGAUUCUUUCUCUCUCUAUAUAAAAAUAUAUUAUAAAAAAAUAAAAUAACAAAAAAAGCCGGGGAACUAUUUCCUAGGUGUCUGACAUGUGAUUGCAUUGUAGUUCACAUCUUGUGUGAUUGUUUCGUGCGUGACGUUUCUGUUUGGUAAUUGUUCUUGCCUUCCCUCUAGCACUUAUUGGGCAUUACUUUCUGACGUAUGUGCACUAAAUAUGAAAUAAAUGAUAAUGAUGAUCAUUUAAAAAAAAGCAGCUUCCAGUGCUUCACAGUGAAGGGAAUAAAAAAACAAAUCACACGGACAACUUUUUGUCACAAAAGCUUGCUGUACGGCCAGUACUUUUAAUCUGUAGUAAUGGUUGUAUGUGUAACAUAAAACAAAAUUAUACCCUUUUUUUAAAUAAGAAUAACUAAGCAAUAGUUUGGGCAGUUUGUUUUGAUUUUGUUGGUGCGUGUGUAGUUCUGGGCUCACAAGUGAAGACGGGAAAAUGGAAUCAGAUUUAUGAAAGAAAAGGCUCUCUGUGUCACACUUGUAAUUUGUAUGUUGUAUAGUUUUAUUAAUUACACUGAUUUAAAAACUGCCCUAUUUUAUAAUGCAGGACUUUUGUAACAUUGUUUAAAAUGAGGAGAAAAAAAAGUGUUGUGGAUUUUCUGAUUGUUUGUGUUAAGGCCACAUUCAUAGAAUUGCUUUUGUUUGUUCUCCGGAAACUGGAUUUAAGUUAAAAACUUUCCUGUUUCCUUUUUUUUAUGUAUGUAUUUAAGUACAUUAUUUUUCUUCUUUGGAUGGUAUAGCAUAUUCCUAUACUUAUGAAGUAUAGGUCACUGAGAAAAAAAAAUGUAAAAGGGUGUUACGAGUAUGCUGUAUUUUUUUUUUGAAGGUUAUUUGUUGCAUCUGGUUUGAUGAAGCUAAAGCUAGGUAAUUCUGAACAAGUUUGCAGGAAAAAAGUGUUUUUAUAUAAGAAAAAGGCUGAAAACAUAGUUUAGGCAAAGGGGACAUAAAGUAUUACACACUAAGUUACCUUUCUGUAUUCACCGUAUUACUUAAGAGAAAAAAACAGAACAAUAUUCUCAAGCCAAGACAAACACACAAAUGGUAUCUAGAAGCAAGUCCUGCCACACACACACAUCACACGAUGCAGCUCAAUGUGAGUCACCUGGAGACAGACCUUGCCUUUUAAUAAGAAUACAACAGCUCCCUAGUUAUUAAUCUAAAUAUGUACUUUUGUUGCAAAAACACUGUAGUUUUGGUCAAUAGAAUUUAUACUGUAUAUGGACCAAGCUAGAAGUAUAGAUGCCACCACAGUUUGGCUCGCAGAUUUGAUGGUUAUUUUAAGACCUGGUUUAGGAUUAAGACCACCCUGAAGCAAAAUCCUUUAGAUUCAAAAAGCAUUCAUUCAGGAUUACUCUCUUGUAUGUAUUCAAAUUGGAUUCAAAAUGGUUGCCGCAAGUAUUAUUAUGACACUUGAAAUGCACACCACAAAGUGAUAUAUGCAAAAAAAAGCUUGAAUUAACACAUUUAUAAUUUAAAAUAACUCAGCUUACUGAAAAAGAAUGCUUAAAGCAUCAAGAAAGACUUGAGAGUAAAACCCAAUUGUGGCUCCAUCUUUGUGUCUGAUCUGUGUGCUUGGCAGGUCCCCUUUUGUUGCAGCCUCCAUCCCCUCCAAUAACUCCACCAGCAUUCAUUCAAAAGAAAUAUGGGUUUGAAAACCAGCACAUGAUUGUCGUGCCAUGGGGGAAACAAUAACACAGGUUAUGAAGACUUCAGUGCUGAAAGCAAAAGGCAUUGACCAACACGACAGAGUUCCUCUGUAAUGCAAAUAUUGAUAAAACAAGUUCAGAGAAAGACAGGGAACAAUACUUUACAGUCAUGCACAGCCCAGUGAUAUGAGAGCUAAACCCUUUAAUAACCACAAUAUCCUUUGCCUCUUUCCCAGUCACCGUGAAUCGUUUUCACACCUUUUUACUGAAAGUGCAGCAGGCAGCAAUAGUCAAUCGAUUGCCAGUGUUACACUAUGAAAAAAUGUUGUCUCUAAUCUCACAAAAGACAGGUGUUAUUUUAUUAAUUACGUUUGAUAUUCAUGAAAUUCUGCCGUUGUUUUUUUAACAACAGUAUAGAAAAGUUGAAUGAAUUAUCUAAUUGUUUAACUCGUCAUACUUUCAAUUUUUCAGUCAUGGUCCCUCACUAAAUAAUAAUGCUCAGUUCAUUACUUGACAUAGAAAGUAAAAAUGUUAUUAUGGUUCUAAGGAUUUACCUGAACAUUUAUAAAAUAUGAAAAAACACUCAGAGAGCCUAGUCAAGGGCAAACAUCAGCGCCUCUUCCACAGAGAGACAGAAGGUAGACAGGGAGGGAAGCCGGAAUCUCUUCCCUUCCUGCCGUAGGGUUCCAGUUCCAGGAAUAUGCAAACUAUGCAUCAUACUUCUCUUCUUUUCUUUCUUUUUCUGUUUGUUUUUGUUUCCUGAAGAUGUAUGAAUAUAAAAUAAUAACACUUUUGUUGUGACAAAGUUGUUACCCCAGAUACACCCUGUAAGAUUCUGCAUGGCUCUGUUUCGGUUUGGUUUCAGAAAUAUUUGCUGGCCGUUCACUUCCAAGUUUAUUCAGUUCAGCCCGUCCAUUGGGCUUGUCAUCCAACACACCGACUAGUCCUUUGCAUGCACACUUAAAAUAUGUGGGCAUAUUCAUAAACAAAGAGCCAUUUUACUUAGAGAAAAGGCUGAGAGGAAUUUUUCUGUGAGCCUAGAAAUGUUUAAUUUUCUAUUUCAGGGUGUAUCUGGAACAAACAAAGAUUAAUAAUCAAAUGCAUAUUUAGGACAGUUUUCUCUUGGUGAUUUUCUUAGAAUGCCAAACAGUAUUCAAACUUUUUCAUUGUGUCUAUGGAAAUAUCUUUUAAUUUUGAACAAUCCUGUGUUUUAUUUUGUAUUACUUUAAUAAAACUAUUAAGAAGGCCUCCCUGGAACAAAAAGUGAUUUAAAGACAUGUCUGUUUUGAAAAGGUGAUGCAAAAGGAUGUAAGAAAAGCUUCAAUGGCACCUAAAAGGUUCACUAGGAGUUCCAUUUCUAUGGGGCUCCUAAAAGUGCGUCUGCUUUUGGUCUGCUUUUCAAGAAAACUUACAAACUUAAUAAGCCAGCUUAUUUGUCUUGAAGUUAGUGCAUGCAUAGGCAUUUGACAGUUUUGGAACCGGCUCUGCAGCCAUUAACAGCGACGAUCGCUUCACCUGCUGAGCUCAUGCUCUUUAGAAAAAAGAAAACAAAGUUUCUUCACAUUAAAAAAAGAAGAAGAAUGCAAUCGACAUUGAUAAUAAAAAGGUGCUUUGUUGCAAAGCAGGUAACAUUGAAGCCGUUUCAUAGCACUCAACUGUAAUGAAUAAAAAGUGUGUCCUGAUCUUGUAAUAAAAAAUAUUUACUGUUCUACUGCAAAUCCAUUACAUGGUGCUAAUACAAGCUGGCAAAGAUGAAACAAAACUAAUAAUGUGACGAUUUGGACUCAUCAGACUCUGCUUUCUGUAAAAUGCAUAGCAGUGAUUUAUCUGCAUGAAAACUAUGCACUAAUCUAUCAUAUAUAUAUAUAUAUAUAUAUAUAUAUAUAUAUAUAUAUAUAUAUAUAUAUAUAUAUAUGGUAAACUUUGGUAUGUUUUUAUUUUUUAUCUUCAGUCUUUGCCUUCUUUUUUGGUCAAUGUUUAUGAUACCAGCUUUUGAACAGAACGAAUUAUAUGAAAAAAACCAGCAUAUUAUCUGAUAUAUUAAAAACAACAAUUGUAGUGCCUGUGAAAUCUGUAUUAUAUUGCUGUUCUUAAUUCUGGAUAUUGUUUGCUUUGCUUUUUGUUUCUACACCGGUAGCCUUUGCUGUCUGUCAGAACCUUCUGAUUAUAGCUGAUGUACAAUAACCAUAAAAUAUAUUUCUGCAUGCUA